AUGGACACCAAGCGCUGCUUUGCCAACCGCUUCGAUGACUACCAGGGCAGCCUGCUGGCCGGCCAGUGUGAGGAAGCGGUGGCGCCCUUGGUCACCGCCACCAUCGAACGCAUUCUCCAGGAGCUGCCCCCGCUCGGGGGUGCCGCCGAGGCCCGGGGGGCGGCAACUGGGGCCAGCGGCUGCCAGGGGGGACUGUACGGCGGCGUGGCUGGGGUAGCCUACAUGCUCUACCACGUCUCGCAGAGUCCGCUCUUCGCCGCUGCCCGGGAGCGCUACCUGCGCACAGCCAAGCGCCUCAUCGACGCGUGCUUCCGAGCGGAGGAGUGGGGUGAGCCGGACGCCGAUACCCGCGCCGCCUUUCUGCUCGGGGGCGCGGGUGUGUAUGCUGUGGCAACGCUCGUGUACCACGCCCUGGGUCGGUCUGACUACGUGCAGCCACUCGGCAAAUUCCGGGCUCUGUGUGCCGUCUGCGCGCCAGUCUCCUUCCUGGAGUGUGGCUCCGACGAGCUGUUCGUGGGCCGCGCUGGCUACCUGUGCGCCGCGCUAGUGCUCAAGCAGAAACUCGCCCAGGAGGUGCUGACCCCAACGCAGAUCAAAUCAAUUUGCCAGGCGAUUCUGGACUCUGGGAAGCAAUAUGCCAUAAAAAAGAGGAAACCAUUUCCCCUGAUGUACUCUUAUUAUGGAACCGAAUACUUGGGGGCAGCUCAUGGUCUGUCAUCCAUUCUCCAGAUGCUUCUUUCUUACCAUGAACACCUCAAGCCCUCAGAUCAGGAGUUGGUGUGGCAGAGCGUGGACUUCCUCAUGGAGCAAGAACAGAACUGCAACUGGCCGCCUGAGCUUGGCGAGACCAUUGAGAGAGAGAACGAGCUGGUCCACUGGUGCCAUGGCGCCCCAGGAAUUGCCUAUCUGUUUGCCAAAGCUUAUCUGGUCUCCAAAAAACCACAGUACCUGGACACGUGUAUCCGGUGUGGAGAACUCACAUGGCAGAAGGGCCUGCUAAAGAAGGGGCCAGGGAUUUGCCAUGGUGUGGCUGGCAGUGCCUAUGUCUUCCUGCUGCUAUACCGGCUCACAGGAAACUCUAAGUACAUCUACCGAGCCCAAAGGUUUGCUGAAUUCUUGUUUACCGAGGAAUUCAAGGCCGGUUCGAGAGUCCUUGAAAGUAUUUACAGCUUGUAUGAAGGCUUCUCCGGGACGGUGUGCUUUCUGAUUGAUCUGCUGCAGCCUAAUCAGGCUGAAUUCCCACUCUUCAGUGUGUUUGUUUAG